UCUAUAAACUGGCGAGGUAGAGUUUUUUUUUUUUUGCCUUCAUAAACAUGGCGUUCUCACUUCAGCUCCAACAAAUCUUCGUUUCUCCCAGUAGAUUUUGCUUCCAAUCAAAAUCAACAAACCCUCAAAUUAUCCCCAAUUUAACAAAAAGACCGUCAAUUCAUCCAUUUGCCUAUGCCCAGAACGACGCCACUAGCAACAUCGAAGCAGCCAAGAGUUCAAUUAAUUCUUCGGCGGAGGAAGUUUCGUUGCCUCCAGAAUUGAGGAGAGAAUUGAUGCCGAAACAUAUUGCAGUGAUAUUGGAUGGGAAUAGAAGGUGGGCAAAGAAGAGAGGAUUACCGGUUGCGUUAGGUUACGUAGCCGGUAUUCGAGCUCUUAGGAACUUUGUUAAACUCAGCUACAAUUGGGGAAUUAGGGCUCUUACUCUAUUUGCUUUUUCCUCUGAAAAUUGGUUCCGUCCUGAAGCGGAAGUUGAUCUUUUGAUGGGCUUGUUCGAUAAAGUAGUGAAAGAUGAACUUGAAAAUCUUGCCAGAGCAGGGAUUCGAAUAUCUAUAAUUGGAGACUCCAGUAAGCUCCCCAAGUCAUUGCAGGACUUGAUAGAGAAAGCGGUAAUGACUACAAAAGCAAACUCCCGACUUCACCUCGUUGCUGCAGUAAACUAUAGUGGACAGCAUGAUGUUGUACAAGCUUGUCAAACCAUUGCUCAAAAAGUUAAGGAUGGCAAUAUCAAACCCGAAGACAUUAAUAGUUUCCUAGUAGAACAGGAAUUACAAACAAAAUGCACUGAAUUUCCAAGUCCUGAUUUACUUAUAAGGACUAGUGGGGAGCUUAGACUUAGCAAUUUCUUACUUUGGCAGUUGGCCUAUACUGAACUCUUCUUUUCUCAUUCACAAUGGCCUGAUUUUGGUGAAGCUGAAUUUUUAGAGGCUUUAUCUUCUUUUCAGCAAAGACAGAGGCGCUAUGGUGGACAGAGUUCCUAGCAUCAUGCUAUGUGAAACAAGUUCGGAGUAUGUUACAGAAUGUAUAUAGACGUUAUUCAUAGUAAUACACAUAGUUAUAUUUAGGUAAGGGCGUAUUUAGGUGGAG